AUGUCCGACAUCUACACUGUGGAGAAGCUUGUGGGCUUUCGAUACAAUGGGAAGACCCCUGAAUGGCGGGUGCGGUGGCAGGGCUAUGGGCCCAAAGAUGACACGUGGGAGACGCGCAAGAACUUGCUCAUGGACAGUUCUUUCGCCUUCAAACGUCAAAUGGAACAGAUGGAGAAAGACUAUUUGGCGAAGAGGGCGCAGGCCAGGCACGGCAAGGGAGGGGCGCCCACCCCCGCGAGCAGAAAAAGGAGCUCUUUGCUCUCCGCGCCUCUCCUGGAAGAGACGGACAGCGCGCGAGACGGCAAAGUGUCGGGGGCCUUUGCAGGCCUUCCUGCGGCCCAAGAGGGGCCCCCAGGGGGCCCCUCAAGGGGGGGGCGGCUCAGGGGCCGCUGUGGGGGCUCUUUGACUCCAAAUAAGAAGUCUGACACGAAAGUGGAGGCCCCUUUUCGGCGCUUGAGGCUGGUGGGAGCUGAAGAGGCCCCCCAGGCAGCAAGCCGCUCGGAGGCCUCGGGGCUUACUUCCAGCUCCUGGAAGUCUUCCCCGGAUAUUGACGGAGAGGGGGCGUUGGGGGCCCCCACGGGCUUCACUGUCAACGAGCCGAGUGACGAAGACCUGGGGCCCCCCUUUCUUCAGGGGGGCCCCCCACACAACCUCAGCGGGUACGAGGCCCCCACUUCCGAGGACCUGCAGCAGCAGUACAGUUGGGACCCGCCCUUGGGAAACACUCCGGAACCUUCCGCAUUUUUCGAAUCUCCCGCAGUCCACAGCAGCACAGCAGUGGGAGUGGCAGCAGCAAAUGCCUCUGGCGCCCAAGGAGGCAUGCAAGAGGACUGCCGUUUCUGGGUGCCUGCUGAGUCGCCCGCGGGGCCUUCUUGCUACUUUCCAUUUAGACAAGAGGCGGCAAUGAGACUCCCGGCCUCCUGGGAAGUUCAAGGGGGCUUCGAGGGUCCUCCUCUAUUGACUCCGUGUGCAGAGAGGCCUGCCGGAGGCCCUCUCGAAGGCCAGGAGGCCUUGUUGCACAGCUGCAAGCAAGGGCCACCUCUUUUCUGCCCCGCGGGUGCGUCUUGUGCUUCAAUUAGUCGCCUGGGGGUCCCCACGGGCACCUCUCCCGAAGCCUAUGGGGCCCCCGUAUCCCACCUGACCACGCCGGGGUUUACGCAGCUUCCGCUAGCUGGCCGGUUCCCGGGAGCCGAGGGGCCCCCUGAGGCGCUAGCGGGAGUUGCAGAGAAUCUGGCAGAGGCCGCCGUUGGUCUGCCGGGGCCCCCUGACACCAGUGACACCCAAUGGCUACAGCUGCCAGUGCAGCAGGUAAAGGGAGAGCAGCACUCAGCAGUUUCCUCUUCGAGCUCUCUGGGCAUUUCACGCGGCUUAGUUAAUAGAUACCCGUGUGAAAAUUUGUUUCCGGGCCGGGUACGUAUUGUCAAGGUAGUGCGAGGUGAGGCCGCGGGCUCAGCUGGCGUUAGGGGUGCUGUCGUUCAUUAUGUGAUUGCUGCUUCACCAGGCAAAGCAGCAGACCCCAGCCGAAACGUUUGGGGCACCUGCUCUAUCCUGGAGGCACGACGGUUCUGUCCGGGAGCGCUUUGUGAUUACCUGCUGCGGAAAGCUCUGUUCAAGAGCGCAGACAAGCAGGCUCAAAGUCAGAAGGGAAUGGUGACCACCGGCCAGCCCUGUGCAGCAGUUGCCUCUGUUCCUCACAGCCCAGAACUAACCUACAAUCCCGUACUGACACAGGACAGCAACAGCAGCAGCGUUGACAACGGCAGCAGCAACUGCGACAGCAACGUAAACGGGCUCAAAGAAGCCUUUGCUGCUUCCCAGAGCUCUUUCCCCGCCACAGCUGAAUUCAGCAGGAGCGCCAGCUGUUUCUGA